UGGGCCAGGUGCCUCCUGUGGCCUCCCCUACUCCAUUUCUCAUUUUUACCCUUCCUCUACUCCCUUUCUCAUUUCUACCCUCUCCCUGUUCUCUUUCUCAUUUGUAUCCUUCCCCCUGACCCUAGCUCAUAUUUAUACAUCCCCUUAAUCCAACCGUUAGCAACCGUUAGCAGCCAUUGAACGUGUUUUCCAGUUUUCUGCUGAAACAGAAACAAUUGUUGUUAAGAUAACUUUUUGCUUUUAGGUUCGAAUGUGAGAAGAACUUGGAUUAUUUGUAUUCUUUUUUCUGCACUGAAAAAGUGUGACUUUAUAAUCAGUGAUUAAAAUGGAGGGUUAUCAUUGUUUCUGGACACUUCAUCAUGAGCUCCCCUAAGUCAGUUCCCUUUUAUCAACAAUAGAGGUGAAGCCAAUCCAAAUGUGAACAGAAGUGAGUAGGUUCACAUCCCCUUUUCAGUGGUGAGGGGCAAAUUUCCCCAACGGCCUUGUUGAUGUGACUUCCAAUGUUGCAUCUGCACAUACAUCACCGAUGCAUACACACAUCCUCAUUGUUACUGUCUUUGUGUUCUCUUGUCGCCCUGUGAAUGCACACGGUGAGCUGGCAAUGUGCUUUUCACCUCAUCUCGUCCUGUCUAUUUUAUUUUUUCCCCACUCUUCCUCCUUUCAUCCAUUGUCAUUCUGUCUGCCUUUGUCUCUGGCUGGCUCUAUCUCUUGUCCUCUUCUUUUUUUUACUCACCCCGCACCCCUUCCUCUCUCCCUCCUGUCUUCUGUGCCACCCCCCUUCUCUCGUUUGUUUUCGUGUGCGCGCUGGUGUGUCACGAAGGGGGUGGCGGUUGAUUGUCGGUGGUUGGUGGUUUGGAUGGACACCUGAUACUGGCACUGCCUCACGAUGUGGGAAUGUGUGACUUCUUCAAAACUAGGUUUCCAAGCCAACAGGUGACAGUCACACGUCAAACCACAUUGGAGCAGACGUGGAUAGACUGACGGAUAAGAAGGAGGUAGAAAGGAUGACAGGAGAGGACAGGACAGAAAAGAGGAUCCAGACGUUUUGAGGAGAGGCUUUUGUUCAGCUAAACAGAUGAACAACAGAAAGGAGGACAUGGAGAUCUCCUCUCACUACCGUCAGCUCCUCAGAGAGCUCAAUGAGCAGAGGCAGCAUGGCAUCCUCUGCGACGCCUGUGUCAUUGUGGAGGGAAAGAUCUUCAAGGCCCACAAGAACGUCCUUCUGGCCUCCUCACGCUACUUCAAGACUCUUUACUGCCAGGUUAAAAAAGGGGCAGACCCUCACCUCCAGACUACUGUCACUCACCUGGACAUUGUCACUGCGACAGGCUUCAAAGCCAUACUGGACUUCAUGUACUCUGCGCACCUCGCCCUCACCAGUAAGAACGUGAUCGAGGUCAUGUCAGCCGCCAGCUACCUGCAGAUGACGGACAUCGUCCAGGCCUGCCACAGCUUCAUCAAGGCGGCGCUGGACAUCAGCAUCCGCUCUGAGAUGGCCGACGAACUGACCGACUUUGAGAUGGGAGCUGUGGCUGCUGCCGGCAUAGGUGGAGGAGGAGAAGGAGGAGGAGGAAGAGGAGGAGGAGGAGGAGUGGGUUUAGCAGGAGCAGGGGGUGGUGCAGGAGCAGGUUUAGGAGGAGGAGGAGGAGGAGGGGGAGGAGGAGGAGGUGGAGGAAUCGUGGGCAUGGCUUCAGAAGCCCUGGCCUCCAUCAUGUCUGGUCGCAGCACCUCCCCUUGGCUCGUGCGCCGCACCAGUCCGGCCAACUCUUCUGGGGACUCAGCCAUCGCCAGCUGCCACGAGGGAGGCAGCACGUAUGGCAAGGAGGACCAAGAACCCCCUAAGAGCCAUGAGAGCCAGGAGGAAGCCUGCCACGACUCCCAGCCCGCCUGGCCACACGACUACAGGCCUGUCACCGUCAAAGAGGAACAGGUGUCCCCCGCCUCCUCCUCACAUCCCCGGGACACUCCUAGAGGGGCCGCUCAGAGCCAGGGGGAGGCUGGGGCUGGAGGGGCUGCUGGAGGAGCUGGAGAGGGGUCCUGGCAACCCCUCUCAGGGUCAGGGCGCAGGAAGAACAGGAAGAACAAGGACACUGUCAGGCAUAUUACCCAGCAGGCUGAGAGGAACUGGGACAGAGAGCGAGACAGGGAGAGGGAACGGGACAGUAGGCCUGGGUCUCCCCUGCCCUCCAUGCUGGCUGUGGCCGGAUGGAACUACAACGGACAGGAAAUCCCAGGGGCAGACGUGACCGAACCCAACAGCUCAGACAGCCGCGGCGAACGCCUCGACUUCUUCCUCAAACAGGAAGAGCCUCUCACCACAGAGCCCAGCUACCUGGGUCCCCACGAAUCAGAGGAGCCCGGGGGAGGAGGCGGGGGCGGAACAAUGUCGUCUGUAGCCAAUCUGAAGGCGGCGCUGAUGAGUAAGAACAGCCUGUUGUCUCUGCGGGCUGAGAUGAUGGGAGAUGAUAACCCCUUACUGUUCGAGUACCUGCCCAAAGGAGCACACUCCCUGUCUUGGCUCCGCUCCAACAACUACUGCAGCACGCUCCGGCCAGGGGCCAUGGGGGCCACUAUUCAUAACAAACAGGGGGCUGGCUCCUCUCCUCCUCCUACUCUUCCUCUUCUUCCUACUCAUCUUCCACCAUCACCACCACCACCACCACUACCGCCGUCAUCAUCAACUCACUACCCACCCACUCCACCCACGCCACUGCACCCCUCUGAGCCUCGGCCCCUGGAGGCCCCCGGGCAGCGGGCCGGGGCACCCCCGCUGCACUCAGAAGGGUCGGACAUGGAAGUGGAGGAGGCCCCCAAGGGCCCGGAGCCCUACACACUGCCUGAGGAGGGUGUUGAAGACAAAGAAGACAUGACACAGUUCAGCACAGCCUUGGAAGGUGACCAGUCUCCGGUGGAGAGGGAUCAGAUGGGCGGUGAGAGCUGUGCUGGGCGGUUGACUGUUCCUGCAUCAGUAACCGUGGCUGGCAGAGGGGCUAAAGGGCUGACGGUGCUGGGCGGAGAGGCUGGGUCAGGGAAAAUGGUCCUGCCAGAGCCCGGUGCCUGGCCCUCUCAGGGGUUCGCCUGCUCCCUGUGCAAACGGCUGUUGAGCAGCCUGGAGCAUCUGAGGGAACACGAGUACCGCCACACCCUGUCUCUGAUGGCCUUGUCUCUGGACUGGCCAAACAUGCAGGGUCCGCACCACCAACCUACUCAGCUCCGUCACCAUCCACAAUCCCAGCCUCUUCACUUCUUCCAGUCUCUCUACCGCCCCACAGUGGCCGAGCCCACGUCGGCCCGCUACCUUUGCUCCCAGUGCCCCGCAAGCUUCACCCUCAAAUCAAACGCAGACAGACACGAGAAGACCAUCCACUUCAAGAAGAAGCUGAUGCAGUGUUUGUACUGUAUGAAACACUUCAGAGACCGCACCGACCUGCACAGGCAUCUGUCCUCCGUGCACUCCAAAGAAAGAGGGCACACCUGCCCCGCCUGUGCCAAGGCUUUUAGCACCCAGAAAAACCUGGCGACACAUGUUAAAGUGUGCUGCCAGAUGGGGUCAAUGCCAGGAGCUCUGCUGGGAGGCAGCACUGGGAUGGAGAUGACUCAGGGUGGGGUUAUAGAUUCCCUGUGGAGGUUUUCUCAUGAGAGGAAAGUUGACAAUCAUGAUCUCAGUAUCAAUGUGGAAAAUUGAGGCAGACUUUGUGCACUCAUUUAUACCCAUCAGUUAGCAGCGUAUCGUCACGUGUUUACGUUCACGCCAAGAUGCUCUGUGGCGCAAUUGCACUAAGAAAGAAAACGUGAACACAUCAUCUUAGGGACACCUUUUUUAAAUUGUGUUUCUUUUGUUAAAUAUUGUUUAUAUAUGUCAAUACUUUUUUAACUAGAAUUCAGAGCUUACGUCAACAAUGGACAAUUGCUAUGCAAAGCUGAGCUGUUUAAUGAACUGACAGUUUCUUAGUUAUCUUUGGGUUUUUGAAAGGUUUCAGUUUGCACUGAUUGGACAAAAACAGGUGAAUAACUUUUGGUUGCGUUGCCGAGUGGGUCGAGGGGGGUGGGGUCUUUCCGUCUCACCAACCUAAAGCACUUGUCUGGCUCUCUGUCGCCAGUCACCAGUCUGACUAAACUCUUCUCUCCUUUUUAGGCAGAGAGAUCUUUAUCUGUGUGUCCACCCCUGCACUAUGGGCACAAAGACACUCAGGCUGUACUUUGGCUCACAACCCACACAACCACACCACCUGCAGGAACUUUGUACAAUUGCAGCAUGAGAGCAGAAUAAAGACACAAAUUAGAUUAUGUCCAAGGCCAGUGAUAGCUCAAAAAUGGCUUAAAACGAAAUGGAUGGUGGUUACUUUUCUUCAAACUGAAACUCAAAGAAAAAAUCACGAAGUAAUUGUAUCACCAUCCCCACUGGACACGUAGAGUCUCGUCUUCAGUUAUCCCUCUGACAUGAUUAGCUUCAGUCAUUGCUGUCAGAUAGGUGCAGAUGGAGGGGAUGUGCCCAACGAGACAAAGCGUGCUAAAACAAUAAAGCAGUAGCAGCUCAGAUGGGGGUUGGGCGGUGUCAUUUUCUCUCUCUCUGUCCUUCUCCUCCGUCCCAUAUCUGUAAGUCCUCUGUUGGCCAGAGCUGGACAGUAAUUGGUCCUUCAUGGCUCUGUCCCCUCUUGACCCCUGACCUCUUCAUCUGAAGAGGAAGUAGGGUCAGAGGGGCAGAUGCCCCUUAAACCAGAUGAGCGUCGUGAUGCCACUGCUGCGGACAGAUAAUGGUUUGGUUGUGAGACAAGUGGCUUAAACGCAGGAGAGGAAUAUACUGUGGAUGGUGAAGACAGUAACGCAGAGGGUGUUAUAGAGCUGCAGGAUAUUGGAAUCAGCAUGAACACUGGCUUCAAAAUCAUCGCUAAUGUAAAUUCACACCAAUUUCUGCCAAAAUGUUCUCAGCAGGCCUGUAACUAUAAACCAAUAUAUUUCCCUGAUACCAAAUGAUAACGCUCUUUUGUGAGUAUCCAAAUGGAAGACAUCCACCUGUGUGUCCUUCUAAUAGUCUACAGUCGCUCCACUGUCAUUUCUGUGGGCUCAGUAAAGGAAGAACAGGUGGGGAAUAUGCUGUUGUGUAAACAUACACACCAAGUACUCCCAAAUGCCAAAUCCUUUCUGAUACGACACCCCAGGUAGGGUGUCCUAGCCAGCAGACACCGACUGGCAGGCUCAGAGAAGUCAGGAACUGAUCAGGAACUCUGCAGAGACAGCCAGUCAGAAGAAAUGGCAAAUACUGUAAAGGCUGUUGUGUGGCUCGUUCUGUAAAUGUGUUGUAAAUACUGAAAGGUAUUUUACUCCAGAUUAUACUUUAUUUUCCUUGGAAAAAAAACACAUUUUGUACAGAGAUAGGACAUUUUUAAUAAUCCUGCUUGUAGUUUUGAUGCUGUAAUUAAACUGUGAUGCAAAAUGAAAUGAAAACCUCUCCGUAGUUCUUUAUCUUUUAUCCGUGCCGUGCAUAUCAUUCACACAAUCAUAAAUAUUCCUUUCUUUUCAUUUUAACUCACCGCUCAGCAGAAUAUUUUCUGAAUAAGAUGUCCGUAUCAGUUGUGCAUUUGAUGUGUGCUUGCAUGUUUUUGUGCUGUUGAGUGUUUAAUCAGGGCAGAAGUCGAUUUGCAGAUUGAGGUAAUUAUAUUGUAUCACUUUAAGCCUAAAACCCUAAACUGCGUGUGUGACCCCACCUUUCUGUACAGUAGUUAUGUUGUGUUGUGCGUGAGUAGCCCGACGUCCAGUCCUGAUCUCUCAUGGUCAUACACUGUAUGCCUUGACUGCAAAGCUUUUCACACACACAAUCUGCCCUUCACCUGGCUUAACCAUUUGAGUCUAGACCUUAAGAUGAUUGGCUUUCCACACCUCUACACAAGAUUGUGACAAGUUAUUAACAUUAGUUUUCUUUUCAUUUCAUUGCUAAAGCAUCUCUUUGUGUGUGUGAUUUUAUUUCCUAGCCCCCAGGCCUCUUGUCAUUGUCUGUGUUUGUCUUUCUGUCUGUGUAUUGCUGUCCAUAGCAGAGACCCUCUAGAGCAACUAAAGCAGACUGACUGUUGUGUGUCGUGUUUAUAGUAUCUCUUCGCCUUUAUUGCUUUAGUAUGGAGGAAGAGCUGUUGCCAGGGCAACUGUAGCUUUGACUGGGAUUGGGGUGACCAUGGGAAUUGAUGGUACAUUUCUAGACCUUGGCGCUAAUUAAAUGUAAUAACUGAAAAGUAACGUCUUGGUUUAUUUAAAAGAGCUUCAUUGAACACUAAUCCUUUUUUGUAU